ACAACAGCAUCUGGGUCAACUGGUCUGCAGCAACGCCCCUCUGGUGGCAACCAGGCCCAGGUUCAUGGAAUCGGCUAUUCCAAUGCACCUUGCUCUGGUGGCCGUGUCAUAGGUAAUGUCUCCACAACUACUGGACAACCUGCUGACAUUACCCGAUUAUCUGGCCCCUCGAAUGUGAGUGUGCCAGCUCGGUCCUCUGGCCAUCGUUCCUCAAAUUGGUCUUCCACUGCUGGUGGUCUUGGCAGCUCAGCUCAUGUAGGGGCACCUGGAAGUGGUACUGGCGCUGCUAGUGGCACUGGAGGGAGUGGUGGUGCCUCCAAUAAAGUGCCUCUGACGCCUGAGGAGGAGGCAGCCAGAGCACGAGCUCGAUCUUUGGCUGCCUCACAUGCCGCAAAAGCUUCUGUUGCAGCACGAAGGGCACGUGCGGAGCGAGCCUUACUUGAACAGCGAGUGGUGCAGAUCUAUCAGUCAUUUCUUAAUCGACGAAAGCUGGCUAUCAACUUGAUUAAACAGGAAAUCGAGGUUUUUUUUUUAAAUUGCAUUGUUAUGUUUUUCUAG